GAACUGUUUUGAUGAGUGGUGUUAUUUUUCUCAUCAGAGGCGACAUUAUUCGCGUUUAUUUAUGACUGUCGGUCAGUUAAACCUCUGCUGGAUCUCUCUCGCGCUUCUCACUGUUGUCAUAGUGUUUGUCAUGUCUUCAAAGACCGGGGAAAAAUACAUUUCUGUAGAUUUUGAGAUAUUCGGGAAUGUUCAGGGUGUUUGUUUCAGAAUGGUAAGAAACAUCUGGGUAAAGCACACCCAGAAAGUAGUUGAACUUGCCAGUUGGUUUUUUACCUGCCAAGAUAAUAAAACCACGAUGUAUACAGAAGACGAGGGCAGGAAGUUAGGAGUGACCGGCUGGGUGAAGAACACGAGACAGGGAACUGUGAUUGGACAGGUUCAGGGACCCCCUGAGAAAGUCAAAGAAAUGAAGUAUUGGCUCAGUAAAGUGGGCAGUCCGAGUUCUCGAAUCCACCGUGCUGAGUUCUCCAAUGAGAGAGACAUCUCCAAACUGGAGAUUCAUGGAUUUGGCACUCGCUACUAAAACCCACCCAGUUUGUUCAGCAAAGUUUGAGUCCAGAGCAACAAACAAAAAGAUGUUCAUUUUACAGAUAAUCGACCAAUCCCAGGCCUCCUCCACACUCAUCAUGGUUCUGUUUCCAUGGCAAACCCAUCCACCCUCACAGAUGUCUCUUAAGGUGGCAUCUGUACCAGGAAUCAGUUUUAUGCUGUCGAGUUUAUUUCACUUUCUCUGGUCAUAAAAACUGCAUUUGCAAUGAUCCAUUGAAAAUAAUCUAGUCAAAACUGCCCUUAAACUGUGUCUCCGACUGAAUGUGUUCCCCCAGAGGCACAAAUGCGUUCUCCUCCGGGUCCCUUUUAUUCCCAGCAUGCAUCACUUCAGUAAAUCUGCAUGUGCUCUGGUUAGUGAGACAGGAAUCCUCUUAGCUGACAGUUGUGAGAUUAGAUCAGAGGCUUAGUUUGGGGUUAGUGUGUCUGUGAAUAGAUGCCAUGCUUUCAGACUGACCUUGGAUCAGUGUGCUAUACUCAAAUCCCAGCCUUAAGCAUUCUAAAAGAGUGGAAAAGUUGAUCUAGAAUCAGUAUGAAAUGACAAUAUCAGCACUGAUAGACUGUGAAGAGUUAAGAUCCGGUCCUCUGAUGGGACUCUCUCUUUGUUUGAGAUCUCUGUGUGUUUGUCCAGUGCAUUGUGUCAAAACUGCAGCUCUCAUUUACCCAUGAUGAAUUUACAGAGACUGGAGUGAACCAAACCCCAAAAUCUAUUUAGACACUUGACUCACAUUUAGAAAUGUCAUUGCAUUUGACACAUAUCAUGUCUUUCAUUUUAAAGAAAAAUAACACAAGAACAAAAAUAAGAGUUCUGAUAAUGAUACCAUGAGCAUCAAACACGAUUGUUUCCUCCUUCUUAUGUAAACCUCGUGCAUGUAAAAGACCGCUGGAAAACAGACCAAUCUCAACAUAACACAAACUGUGACAUUACAGUCCAGAUGUACACCACAACAUUAAAUUAAUUACAAUGUUGUUACAAUGCUAAUAACAAAGUUGUGACUUUUAAGUUAGCGUUAUAUGCUAGUUAAUGCUAUAUGCUAGUUAAUGCUAUAUGCUAGCGUUUAGGCUGAAGUUCUACUAUUGACGUUACAGUUACGUUUUGCAGGUCCAUACUGAAAAAAAACACAAACUUACCACUCAGAAACGUCCAUUAACAAUCUCCAAACAAUUGAUUAUUCCUCAAAAUCUGAUCCAGACUCAAACAUAAGAUCUGUUUACACACACACAGAGCGACUGAAAAAGAAACAGCCAAUCAGAACAGAGCUCAACAUUAUUAUUCAUGACUCUUUUAAAUAAGGUAAUAACAGACCAUUUCAUUAUAAAGACAAAUCCUAGGGUUGUAAAUGGACAUGAAAAACUGACUCUGGAUCAUUUUUGCACUUAAAAAAGCCACAAUGUAACAGAUUAUUACAAUAACUUUUAUGGCAUCUUUAAGCAAAACACUUCACAAUCAUUAUUUUGGGUGUUAUCUGAUGUUUAUAGUCCAUGUAAAGAUCUAUAGAUAGGACAUCUGUGUACAAACAAAUACUUUGUGAGUUCAGUUUUUAUCUCCCAGCCUGAUUUGCUAAGUUCAUGAAUCUAAGAAUCAGGUAAAACGCUUUUAAGUUUCCUAAAAGCUUAAAUUUUUAGAGUAUGGCUGAAUUGAUGAUGCUAUUGUGGUUAAAAUGGGUUUUAUUUUGAGUGUUUUUAGGUUCCUCUGUGACUUAAUAGACUUAAGGGUUAAAAUAAUUGGAUCAGGGUUCUUGUCUUUAAACAUGUUUGUCAAGCUCUUUAUUAGAUUUAAAACUGACCUGCUUAACAUUUAAUCUUACCCCACCUUUAAAGGGGACAUAUUAUGAAAAUCUGACUUUUUCCAUGUUUAACUGCUAUAAUUGUGUCCCUAGUGCUUCUAUCAAUCUAGAAAAUGUGAAAAAGAUCAACCCAGUAAUUUAGUUUUGAUAAACCAUUCUUUCCAAGCAUGUGAAAAAAUAGGUCAUUGUAAUUUGGCUCCUAUUGUGAUGUCAGAAUAGGAUAAUACCGCCCCCUUUAUCUGCACUAUCCAACCACAGCACUGCCAUUUAGUUCAGAGAGAAGAGAGUGAAAAGAAGGACUUGACAGCACAAUUGAGUUUCAAUUAUAACAAACCACCAUCAUUGUGAUCAGUGUUUGCACUUCAGCCGCUCAUUUGCAUUUUAAAUGACACACCCAAAACGGCACACUUUUGCUCGGACCUAGAUUAAGACUUAGUUUACAUCUUUAAAAAAAUCUCAUAAUAUGUCCCCUUUAAGCAUUAGAUAAUUUAUCUUGCAAACUAUGUUGCUCGUAAUUUUUCAUUUAUUUCAUUUAAUUUAUUAUUGAAUUAUUUUAACAAAAUGUAAUGACCAGUAUACUUGUAAUGUAAAACAAACUUGCAACUAAACAGAUAAUGACUUUUUGAUGAAUCCAUUACACUAAAAUUAUUAUCCGUUAUUCAUAAACAUUCAUAUGGUAAUUGUAAAAAGCAAACUUGUCAUGUUGAUAUUUUUUAUUAUUUUUUAUUUUGGAAAGUUGAAAGUGAUGUCACAUGACCUGUAGUGAUGUCACAUGACCUGUUGUCAUGUUGCCAGGCAACCGUUAGAAACUACAGCUCACACUGAGUGUAGAGAAACUUUAUUCUUCAUUUAAUGGAAAAGCAAAUGUACCAGCGAGCAGAAAUAUGUUUUCCUCGAAAGAAGAAGGUUUGGGGAUCCUCCCAGUGAGUAACGUCUAUUACUGUUCUGUUCUGUUUCUUCUUCUAGAGAUUCGCAUUCUAAUGUUCUCUUUUCCAGCUCCAACACCUUCAGAAUAUUUGAUGAAACCUUGCCAGAUCAUCUGGAUCCAGCUGAUGUCUAUCAGAACUACAAAUAUCCUACAAGAGAUCCAGAAGAGUAUGAGCUGUUAAAAAGCCACAACACCCCACAUCCUCUGAACGCCAAAUUCAUCAGGACAAACGUCAGAUUCCUUAAUGAACCCAUCGCUUACAUGGAGACGAGUCACACUAUGGAGGAACAGUGUCACAGAUUGUUGACGCGGGGAGUCGGCGGGGUCCGGCACAUUCCAGAAAGCAGCGGGGCCGCUGUUCCCCUCGGCAGGGACAGAAAACCUACUGAACUGAGAGAGAACAGAUGUGAGAGAGAAAGAGAGAAAGAAAGAGAGAGACUAUCCGUCCAGUAAGACCCCAGAGAUGAACGUUCCCACAGACUGAGCUGAGGGGAAUCCCACUACAGAGAAACUCUCAGAGCUCCAAACAUGAAUUUAUACAGAAUUUACAUCUCUGUUGUUACUUUGAAUCAACAAUCAAAACUUCUUCACCGGUUCAGAAGAACAAACUCUAAACUUUCACAUCUGUUUUGACAUCAUAUUUGAACACAUGAACUACAUUACACAUUAAUGAGGUUUUCUCUUGAGAUUUCAUGUGCAGAGAGGACAUUUACAUAAAAGUCUUAAAGACGAAAACAGCUUAAAUUUAAAGGUCAAAGAAAGAGUGAACAAUGGUCGUAAAACCCACUGAGAUACAAUAUCAGGGCUGCAAAAGCUCGACUGGCUUUAAGGGGACAUUUCACAAGAGUUUAUUAAGAUGUCAAAUAAAUAUUUGUUUUCCCCAGAGUACAUAUGUGAAGUUUUAGCACAAAAUACCCCACAGAUCAUUUAUUAUAACAUGUUCAAAUUGACACUUGGAUAGUGCAGAUUAAGGGCGGUAUUACCAUAAUAAGGUCCCCUUCUGACAUCACAAGGGGAGCCAAAUUUCAAUGAGCUAUUUUUCACAUGCUUGCAGAGAAUGGUUUGUCAAAACUAAGUUACUGGGUUGAUCUUUUUCUUAUCAGAUUUUCAUGUCCCCUUUAAGAAGAUAUCUGAGGAUAAAUAAUUGAAAUAUUAAAGUGAGAUUAUUUCUGUGGAGUGUCCAGAACCAACAGCACAUGUUCAUGUUAUUAAACAAACAGAAUCCAUGUGGAUGCACCUGUAGUCCUGAAACAAUAACAGACCCGACCAACAGGAAAUCCAUUCCGGUUUUUCCUGAAAAUCAUUCUUUAUGAAUUAUAAAUGUGUGAUGUCAUGCGUAUAAUGCUGCUGUGUGCUCUUCAACUGAUGGAGAAGAAUAUGCUGAUGUCUAAAGUGCUCUGCUUGCUUUUAUAAUAAUACUCUGUUUAUUGUCUGUAACAGGAUUGAUUCAUUAAGAUUACAAACCUUCACAUUA